AGAAGAUUCAAUACCUGAAAAGAGUCAUGGAAUGGAAAAUGCUUCCGAUUCACCUGGUGGUGUUUUGUCUUUUCUUGAUACAAGUUUCUUCUCAAGAUUUACCAAGCUGUGCAGGGAGAUGUGGGGAAGGGUAUACUAGAGAUGCCGCCUGCAACUGUGAUUAUAACUGUCAAUACUACAUGGAGUGCUGUCCUGAUUACAAGAAAGUCUGCACUGUGGAGCUUUCCUGUAAAGGUCGUUGCUUUGAGUCAUUUGCCAGAGGGAGAGAAUGUGACUGUGACGCUGCCUGUAAAAAGUAUGGCAAGUGCUGUCCAGAUUAUGAAGACUUCUGUGAAGAAAUACAUAAUCCAACAACGCCACCACCAUCUCCAAAAACUCCUCGGCCAUCUCCAGAAGCUCCUCAAACUGUCAAAUCAACAACUAAACGUUCCCCCAAACCUCCCAAGAAGAGGACCCCUGACAAAGUGGUAGAAUCAGAGGAAAUAACAGAAGAACAUUCUAUUUCUGAAAAUCAGGAAUCCUCCUCUUCCUCUUCUUCUUCCUCUUCAACUGUUCGGAAAACCAAGUCUUCUAAAAAUUCAGCUGCUAAUUCAGCACUCAAGAAGAAACCCAAAGCUAAAGAUUCAAAGAAGAAGAGAAACCCUAAAGAUAAACCUACUCCAGCACCUCCAGUUGUGGAGGACACAGGAAGUGGAUUAGACAAACCCACUGUUGCUCCUGACACUGGUGUUCCUACCUCUCGGCCCACUCAAGUCACCACAACCCUUAAAGUGACUACAGCAGCACCUCUAGCAGCUUCCAAGGAGAGUAAAAAGGUCACAUCAAAAGAGACAACAACUGAAAAGGAGACAUCCACAGCUGCUAAAGAGACAACAAUUGUAACUAGAGAGGUGACUAAUACAGAUAAACAGACCUCAACUACAGCUAAAGAGGCAACUACUUCAGCAAAAGAAACACUGACUACAGAGACAAUGACAGCUGCUAAAGAUGCUAAGCCCACAACCAAGGACCCUGAGCCUACGCCUGAGAACCCUAAAUCCACAACUAAAGACCCCAAACCUACACCAAAAGACCCCAAACCUACACCUGAGGACCCUAAGCCUACACCCAAAGACUCCAAACCUACACCCAAAGACCCCAAACCUACACCUGAGGACCCUAAGCCUACACCUAAAAACCCUAAACCUACACCUGAGGACCCUAAACCCACACCCAAAGAUCCUAAACCUACACCAGCAGACCCUAAGCCUACACCCAAAGACCCUAAACCUACACCAGCAGACCCUAAGCCUACACCCAAAGACCCUAAACCUACACCAGCAGACCCUAAGCCCACACCCAAAGAUUCCAAAGCUACACCUGAGGACCCUAAACCCACACCCAAAGAUCCCAAAGCUACACCUGAGGACCCUAAACCAACACCUGAGGACCCUAAACCCACACCCAAAGAUCCCAAAGCUACACCUGAGGACCCUAAACCUACACCUGAGGACCCUAAACCUACACCUGAGGAACCUAAACCCACACCCAAAGAUCCCAAAGCUACACCUGAGGACCCUAAACCUACACCUGAGGACCCUAAACCCACACCCAAAGAUCCCAAAGCUACACCUGAGGACCCUAAGCCCACACCCAAAGACUCCAAACCUACACCUGAAGACCCUAAACCUACACCUGAGGAUCCUAAACCCACACCUAAAGAUCCCAAAGCUACACCUGAGGACCCUAAACCUACACCUGAGGACCCUAAACCCACACCCAAAGAUCCCAAACCUACACCUGAAGACCCUAAACCUACACCUGAGGAUCCUAAACCCACACCUAAAGAUCCCAAAGCUACACCUGAGGAUCCUAAACCUACACCUGAGGACCCUAAACCCACACCCAAAGAUCCCAAAGCUACACCUGAGGACCCUAAGCCCACACCCAAGGACCCUAAACCCACACCCAAAGAUCCCAAAGCUACACCUGAGGACCCUAAGCCCACACCCAAAGACCCCAAACCUACACCUGAAGACCCUAAACCUACACCAGAGGACUCUAAGCCCACACCUGAAGAUAUAACUUCUGUACCUACUACACCUGAAGUGACUACAGUUUCUAAGGAUAAAGUAACUGAAAAAGAUACACCUGCUACUCCAAAAGUUACAACUGCUUCCCCAAAGGUGACAAGUACAACCACUAAAGUGACAACCAGAGCAGUCACUUCACCGAAAGUGACAACUAAAGUGACAACUACUACAGCUAAAGCAACAACUACUGCCACCAAAGUGACGACUACUGCUAAAGAGAAAACUACUACAGCUGAAGAAAAAACUGAAAAAACUACUUCAUCAGAUGAGAAAACUCCUAAAGUGACAACUCCCACCCCUAAAAAGCCAGCUCCUAAAGUGACGACUACUGCUUCUAAAGUGACAACCACCACAACCAAAGAAACAACUACUGUUCCAGAUGAGACGACUACUGCCCCCAAAGUGACACCGAAGCCUAAAACGACAACUACUGCCCCUAAAGUGAUCACACCCAAACCCAUAAAGACAACCACUAAGACAAAAGAGACAACCACAAAAGCCAAGGAAACAACCAUUGUAACUAAAGAAACAGCUACUCCUUUGGUUCCAACUCCAGAUCCUAAAGUAACAAACAAGAAGCCUACAGCUGCACCUCAGAAACCAGAAACUACAUCUAAAAUCACAACUACAAGUGAAAAGACAACUACCCUGAAGACAUCAACAGUAACUGAUCUGAAUUCUAUGCCGCUGGAGGAGGCUACCCCCCAAACCACUCCUGGACCCAACAGAAGGCCAAACUCAGAAAUAACAACUUCUCUUACUAUACCAGAAGUCACUCCAAAGAAUGAAGGUUUGAUUUUUGAGCAGGAGAAGCCUUAUCUGAAUCCUAGACCUCCUGUGUUUUUUCCAAUAGGUAUCCCAGGUUCUAACAUGUAUGUGGAAAGGAGACCUGGUCAAGACUUUAGUAACACCCCAUUGCUUUCAGAUGAGACUAACUUAUGCAACGGGAAGCCAGUAGAUGGACUGACUACUUUGCGCAAUGGGACAUUAGUUGCAUUUAGAGGUCAUUAUUUCUGGUUGCUGAAUCCAUUCACUCCACCAUCACCAGCUCGGAGGAUUACUGAUGUUUGGGGCAUCCCUUCUCCCAUUGACACUGUUUUUACUAGAUGUAACUGUGAAGGAAAAACUUUCUUUUUUAAGGAUUCUUAUUACUGGCGGUUCACCAAUGACAUAAAAGAUCCAGGUUAUCCUAAACCAAUUGCUAAAGGAUUUGGAGGUCUAAAUGGGAAAAUAGUCGCAGCUCUAUCAAUAGCAAAAUACAAAAACAGGCCAGAAUCUGUGUAUUUUUUCAAGAGAGGUGGCACCAUUCAGCAGUAUACUUACCAACAGGAACCAGUUAGAAAGUGUUCUGGAAGAAGAUCCACUAUAAACUAUUCAGUUUAUGGAGAACCCACCCAAAUCAGAAGGCGACGCUAUGAACGGGCUAUCAUUCCCUCCCAAACACAUACUAUCAGAAUAAGCUAUUCACCUGUCAGAGUUACUUAUCAAAAAGGUUUCCUUCAUAAUGAAGUUAAAUUGAAUACAAUUUGGAGAGGUCUUCCAAAAAUGGUUACCUCAGCUAUAGCACUGCCUAACAUUAGGAAACCUGAUGGUUAUGAUUACUAUGCUUUUUCUAAAGAUCGAUAUUACAACAUUGAUGUGCCUAGCAGAACAGCAAACUUAAUCACCACCCGUUCCGGACAGACAUUAUCCAAUGUUUGGUAUAAAUGUCCUUAAGCCUGAUUUUAAAAGAAGAUAUGGAAAAACUUAAAGAAAAGAAUAUUUUGACAUGGAAAUGAUUUUAUUAAUAAAGAUGGUGAAAUGUGUGCAUACCAAU